GUACCUUUUUUUUUUAAUUCCAUCCAUCUGGUGAUUUCAUCCUAGCGUCAAAGGAUCCACAGAAGAUGGCGAGCCCCGACCCGUGGACAAUCACCCCGGCGCAGCUUGGGCGCUACCUACCCAUGUUCAACGAGCUCCGGCCAGUCAAUGGGCAGGUUGCAGCCGAUCGCGCCCGUCCCUUCCUGCUGCAGUCCAAGUUGAGCAUGCAGGUGCUGGGCCACAUCUGGAACCUCGCCGAUCUUGACCGCGACGGCAAACUCACAGCGCAAGAGUUUUCCAUCGCCAUGUGUUUGGUUGAGGCCCAGUUGCGCGGCAUUCCUCCGCCGCCAACGCUGCCCCCAUCGCUCGCAGCUUCUUCGGCCGCGGCCAACGCGCACGGCGGCGGUCCUUUGAGUGCCGCUUCGCUGAUGGGUGCAUCGGCGGGUGGUUUGCCUGCUCCGAUGAUGCCCAUGAGCUCGACCCCAUUGAUCCCCACCCCAAGUGGCGGCGCCACCCCACUUGCACCUUCACCGCUCACUGGGCUUGCUCCGAUGAUGCCCACGCCAGUUUCAGGCGCGCCAAUUUCAGCCCCUGUAUCAGCAGUCGGCCCGUCGGUUCCUGCUGCUCCAGCGUUGUCGGCAUCAUCGUCUUUGGCUGCGGCCCCUGGUGCUGACGACUGGGGCAUUCCAGAUUCAGAUCGCAACCGCGCACGUCUUCGUUUCAACGAGCUCGAUCCCAAGCGCACAGGUUUCUUGACUUCCGUCAUUGCACGAGAUGAGUUGACCAAGUCACACCUCCACUAUUCGAUUCUCGGCCAGAUCUGGGCCCUGUCUGACUUGGAUGCUGACGGCAAGCUGACAAGCGACGAGUUUGUCAUUGCCAGCUACUUGGUCAACCUUGCCCGUGCCGGCCACCAACUGCCCCCGACAUUACCCGUGUCGCUCAUUCCGCCGUCCUUCCGCAAGCGGCUUGUUGCCAGUGGGGUUUUGCCCCCGACGGCUGCCGGCUUGCCUGCGUCGUCCGCUCCUUUGGGUGCCGCGAGUGCUGCAGCAACACCGACGCCAGCUGGCGCCCCGGCCGACGCUUCCUUGGUGUCUGGUGCUGGUGCUGGUGCUGGUGCUGGUGCUGCUCCUGUUCCUGUGCUCACAUCGUCCGUGCUUGACAAUGCUGAGGAUCGCAGGCGCGAAAACUUUUUGAAAGGCCAGGAAGAGCUGGAGCGUCGCCGCCGCGAGGCUGAAGAGGCCGAGCGCAAGCAACGCGAAGCUGCUGACGCGCGUCGCAAGGCUGAGGACGACGCCCGCCGCGAACGUAUUGAGAAGCAGCGCCAAGAGGAGGAGCGCCUUGUCACGCUUGCACGUGAAAAGGAAGCUGCGCGUCAAGCUGAGCUCGAGCGCGAACGCGAGGCACUCAAGCGCAAGGAGCAAGAAAAGAUGGCCGCCGAAGCGUUCUUUGCGUGGCGCAGCGCUCGCCUCGCAUUCUUGACGCAAAUGAAAAAUUCCGAGCAAGAGUCCCUUGCCGCCCUCCAGGCUCGCUCGGAGAGCUUGGACUCGUCGCUUGCCAGCGUCAAGUCCCGACUCGAAACCGCCACUCGGCGGUUUGCGCAAUGCAAGGAGGAGCUUCAAACAGAGCGCAUCGAUCUCGAGGCUGUCGAAGAGUCUGCGCAAGAAAAGCGUCUCGAGGCAGCCCGCAAUCAACAGAUGCUCUACGACAUUGAGCGCCAAACGCUCAUGCAGCGCGAAAACAAGAAGGCUGCAAGCCUCAUGAUCAGUGGCGGAGCCGGCAGUCCGUCCAUCUCGGCCGCUGCCAGCGCUGCACAGGUUCAGCAGCUGACAGAGCAGCUGAGCCUGCUCAAGCCGCAGCUUGUGACGCUGCAGAACGACCUCACUGCGCUCAAGCCCAAGGUGACCCAGCGCAAGGCUGAUUUGUCGUCGCUGACCACCGAUUUGACCGUCAUCCAGGACAUGCGCGCGCAGCAGCAACAGCGCCAGACUGUUCUCAAGACCCGAAAGGCUGAUCUCGACAAGAACGAUUCCCAGCGCCAAGAGUACAACCGUCGCAAGAAGAUUGAGGGCGAGCGUCAAGCUGCAGCUCACCGUCGUCAAGAGGAGGCCAAAAAGAAACAGCAGCAAGACCAGCUGCAGCGUGAAAAGGAGGCCAAGGAGCGCGAGGCAAGAGAACGCGAGACCAAGGAGCGCGAAGCAAAGGAGAAGGAGGCGGCAAAGCAAAAGGCAGCGGCUGCUGCUGCCGCCGCUACCGCUGCUACCGCUGCUGCUGCUGCUGCUGCAGCAGCAUCUGCAGUUUCAGCGACUUCGGCCAAGCCUGCACGCCCUGCCCCGCCGGGCAGCAAAUCGCCAGCGGCAGCUUCGGACAAGCCUCUCAAGCUGGCACCCAAGCCGCCCGGUGUUGCUGCCAAUGCCGCUCCCGCCCGAAAGCUGGAUGUCUUUAUCGCCCAGUUCCCGUACACGGCUGGCAACGACGAUGAGCUGUCCUUCAACCCCGAUGAUGUCAUCUUGCUGGUCAACAAGCAAGACGACGACUGGUGGGAAGGCGAACUGAACGGCAAGGUCGGUCUCUUCCCUUCCAACUAUGUUCGCAUUGCAGAGCCUCACGAAAUCCCGGCUUCAAUCAAGUCUGGAUCUUCAGCUGCUGACGACAAGAAGCGCAAGCAGGAAGAGGAGCUUUUGCGCAACGCUGCUGAUCUCGCCAAGCUCGAGGAGGAAAAGCGCAAAAAGAAGGCUGCCGACGACGAGCGCGCUCGCAAGGAGGCUGAGGAAGCCGCCCGGAAAAAGAAGCAGGAAGAAGAAGAAGCUGCGCGCAAGAAGAAGCAACAGGAGGCCGAGGAGGCUGCUGCCCGCAAAAAGAAGGAAGAGGCAGAGGAAGCUGCUCGCAAGAAGAAGCAGGCCCAAGAAGCCGAAGCCGCCGCCGCCGCUGCUGCCGCCACCGCUGCUGCUGCUGCCGCCGCCGCUGCCGCUGCCAAACCCGCUGGAGAGCAAGUCAAGGCGCUGUACGACUACAAGGAUGAGCAGUCUUCGCUCGUCUUCAAGGAGGGCGACAUUCUGCUUGUUUCGGCCAAGCACGAUGACGGCUGGUGGAGCGGCUCGCUGAACGGUGUCGAGGGCAUGUUCCCUGCAUCGUACGUUGAGCCACAUGUCGCCGCGCCCGCUGCCUCCGCUGCUGGUGACCAGUACGUUGCUAUUCACGCCUUCCCUCGGGAGCGUGACGACGACCUUGCCCUGAACGUCGGCGAUGUUGUGUCUGUGAUUGACAAGUCGGGCGAGUGGUGGCAAGGCACGCUGCGUGGCCAGACUGGCUGGUUCCCCGGCAAUCACGUCGAGAAGCACACGCCGGCCGCUGCCGCUGCAGCACCACCCGCCGUUCCUGGCGGUAAAACCAAGGCCGCUGCCGCGAUUGCCACUGCAGUCACCCCUUCGUCGUCGACGUCAUCGGACGCGACCAGUGGGUCGGGCAAGCCGCUGAUUGGCAAGGUCAUUGCCGCUCACACACCCAGCUCGGACAGUGAGAUCGCCCUGACCGUCGGAUCCCUUGUGCAAAUCAUCCAGCGCCUGCCCGACGGUUGGUGGGAGGGCACGGUUGCCGCCAAGGGCCAGAAAGCUCAAACUGGCUGGUUCCCCGGCGACUGCGUUCAGCUCAUGGAAAAGAAGGGCGAGAAGGCUGGAUCUUCCAACAGCUCCACGGUGGGCGCCCCUGCUCGGCCACCGGCUGCUGCGGCCAGCACACUUCCUCGCACCAACUCCGAGUCGUCAUUUGUCUCCGAGGCGCCUCCUCAAGUUCCCACCAAAGGCGCGUCGGCUGCAGCAGGAGCGGACGCUUCAGGCGCUACUCCAGCCAAGGUCAUUGUUGCCUAUCAUGCGCAGAACGAUGGCGAGCUGUCCCUCACUGCCGGCCAGCUCAUCAAGAUCACUCAGGUCACCGACGACGAAAUGUGGCACGGCACCGUCAUUAGCAAGAACCAGAAGGUCAGCGGCUACUUCCCGCGCAAGUGCGUGCAAGUCAUGGUGAAGGGCGCGCGUCCCGUGUCAAUGAUGCCUCAAGACGAGGAACGUGCGGUUGCCAAGUUCUCGUAUGUUGCUCAAAACGCCGACGAGCUCACUCUGAAGGAGAAUGACGUUGUCAUUGUCAAGUCCAAGAAGGAAGAUGGCUGGUGGGAAGGCGAGCUCAACGGUCGCGUUGGUCUCUUCCCCGCCAACUACGUCGUCAGCACGGAAGUGAAUCGCAAGAACCUUGUUUUUGAGGAACUGGAUUGGACGGAAACGGUUGAUCCAGACCUUGUAGCGGACCUUUCCCCGUCCGAAAUCAAGCGCCAAAAGCUAUUGUAUGAGCUCUCAGUCACAGAGGAGGCAUAUGUCCAAGACUUGCAGCUCGUUGUCAAGCUCUACGAGGAGCCCAUCAAGGCCAAAAACCUGCUCACUCCCGACGAGUUUGAGACUCUUUUCAUCAACUGGGAUACAUUGCUCAGUCUGAAUGAGGCGCUGUCGGUCGCUCUCAAGAGCAAUCGCACCGCGAACGACGGCUUUUCGAGAGGCGCCAGCAAAAUCUUGCUCGAGUCGAUCAAAAGCAUGACCACGCCGUACAUGAAAUUCUGCUCGCGGCAGUCGCGAGGCAUGGCGUUGCUCCAGAACAAGGAGACUCCGCAGUUUACGCAAUUCUUGAAGAAAACGCUCAAAGACCCUCGCUCUGGCAGUCUGCCAUUGAUCAGUUUCCUGCUAAAGCCGAUGCAACGCAUUUCCAAGUAUCCCCUGCUGUUUAAGGGAAUCUUGCAGCACACUCCUCAAGGCCACGAAGAGUACGCCGCUCUUAACGCAGCACUUGAAGAGAGCAACAAAAUGUUGGGCAUUGUCAACGAGCACAUUCGCCUGAUCGAGUCCGAGGACCGUCUCAAGCGAAUCCAGGACACGCUUGUGGUUGACGGCUUGACCGAGAAACUCGAACUGGCGUCCGACACGCAUUCGCUCGGCCCCCGCAUGUUCAUUUACGAAGGCGUUCUGAUCAAGCACAAGAAUGGCAAGGAACUUUACGUCUUCCUCUUUAACGAUUUGAUUGUCAUGUCCCGGCGACGACCAAACCCGGUGCUCGAAGGCAAGGUUCCCACCGACCAGGCGUUCACCUAUCAGCUGUAUCGAAAGCCAAUCAAUCUCAGCAGCGUGGCUGUCAAGAGCAUGCCUGACGAUCCGCGAGGAAGCUUCCUGUUUUCCAUCACGCACGCCGAAGGCACUAUGCUUCUUCGUGCAGAAACCGCGAAAAGCAAGACACUGUGGAUGGAAAAGAUUGAGAAUGCCGUCAAGUACUAUCUCGAGGUUGAGCGCAACCGUCUCGAGAGCUUCCAUUCACGCGCAAAGGUCAGCACCAAGGUGGGCGAGCUCAACUUGACGAUCAUUCAAGGCAUCAAUUUGAUGGGCAUGGACGCCAAUGGAUUGAGCGAUCCUUUCUGUGUCAUCAAGAUUAGCGGCCAGGAGCAGCGAACAAGAGUGCUCAAAAUGACGCUCAAUCCCAAAUGGGAUUCAACCCACACGUUCGAUAUUGCAAGUCUCGACGACAAGCUGCGAAUUGAAGUCUACGACCAGGACGAGUACUCGACCGAUGAUAGCAUCGGUGACAUGGAGCUCAAUCUGAAAGAUUUUGUAAACACUGACCACCGCACCAAGCUUCGACGCCCGUUGCGACACGUUCAACGUGGCGAACUGAUGCUGCAAAUUGAAUUGCGUCUAUCUGGCGCUCACUAAAAUUCAACGGCAGUUACUUCCCCCUCCCACUUCACAUAUAUACACUCGUUAUCUAUGAUCCGUGCUUUUUUCAUGUUUGAAGAGCCAUCCUGUGGGUUCUUUUCCGCGUUACUUUUGUGAAUUACAAACCCCCCUCUAACGCCGUGACUCGCGUCCCUUCAUUCUUGCC